GCGACAGUUGGUUGACUCCGGUCCAUCUACGUAUCAAUUCUGCUACUCUGCUUCAGACUUGAGAGGCGUCCACACAUCAACUUUUUCCUCCGUACCUUCAGCUCUGCGCUGCCAGGCGCUUGAUAAUAAUAAUACAUUCUGUCCCGACUCGACCCAGUUUCGACUCUGAUCCAGCUAGUUGCAAAUUCAACCCAACCGUCAACAUGUCAGACUCGGAGAGCGUCGACUACCUGCAGGAGGACUUCGAUGCACGGUCGCUGACAGUUCCGCGUCUGCGAUCAAUCCUGGUCACGCACAACGUCAACUAUAACGCCACAGCCAAGAAGCAGCAACUGAUUGAUCUCUUCAACGACGAAGUCGUUCCACAAUCGAAGAAGAUUUUGGCCGCGCGCGCCCGCGCGAAACGCUCUAGCCGAGGCAUCGUUGAUGCCGAUUCCCAGAGCACCACGAGUACCGACUUCUCCAACGAGCAGGACCUGAUGCCUCCGCCUGCUCCGGCCUCGCGUGCUCGCUCGCCGAGAAAAACUACGCGGGUGAAGCGCGAGUCUGAAGACCCCGAACUCCCGCCUGCACCGCCCGCACCUUCGCGGGCGAGCCCGCGCAAGAGGCAAUCGCGAUCUGCGAGCGCCCAGUUGCCCACAGCUUCUGAUACAGACACGGCGCCCGAUACCGACGCCGCGGCGUCCCGAUCCGUCAGGCGGGACAGGCGCACAACGCCGGCUCCCAAGCUCGAGCCGCCUGAGGAGGAGGAGGUUUUCUUCAAGCGCACACCCGAAACCGCAGACGUCUUCUCCACCGAUAACCCGUUCCAGAGCGGAGGGAGCUCACCACCUGCCGUUAUCAAGACGCCGAGCAAUCGUCGCAAGACCACAGGCAUGGACUCGACAGUCAAGACCAAAAGCACUUCUCCUACAGGCAGACGACGAACCGACGGUCCCAUGUUCAGCAAUCUGAAUGGAUCGACGACCGCCUCGAGAGGUUUUGAGAUGCCCAUGAGCCAGGUUGGUCUGCCGAAAACACCCCCGUCUGUGUUGGCAACCAUCGAACCUGGUGAAGAGUUCACUCCGGACGAGCAGCUCGCCCUUGCUCAGGAGGAACAUGCCCACCCCGAACUAGCUAUUGCUCGCAGCGGGACGUCAAGGAAAUUGCGGCGAAGCCGUCUUUCCCUACCCAUUUUGUCGCUCGUCACGGUCCUUUUGGCCGCCUACGGUGGUUGGUAUCGACAGCAGAAGAUCGCAGUUGGGUAUUGCGGGCUUGGUCAAGAGCAAAGUCGGCUCAUUUCAGCGAACAUUGAGUUUCCCGAAUGGGCUACUGAGUGGGUCGAAAAGGCGGGAUUGCAGGAUCUUGAGCUUCCUGACUGGGUUGCUCCGCUCGUGGAGAUAGAAUGCGAGCCUUGCCCUCCCCACGCUUACUGCUACGAGGACUUUUUGGUUCGCUGCGAGCCCGAUUUUGUCCUCAAGCCCCACCCCCUUGCCUUGGGCGGCAUUGUUCCACUUCCGCCCACUUGUGAGCCCGACGGCGAGAAAGUUCGUCGAGUUCAGGCUGUUGCCGACAGAGCAGUUGAAGAACUGCGGGACCGAAGGGCCAAGUUCGAAUGUGGCGAGCCCGUUGAGCCAGACAAUCAGCCGCUGGAUACCCCUUCCAUCGAGGAACUGGAGCUGAAGGAAGUGCUGAGCAAGAAGAGGAGCAAGCGGAUGGCUGCGGAAGAGUUCGACGAGCUCUGGGCUGCGGCUAUCGGAGAAAUCAAGUCCAGGGACGAGGUCGAGGUGCAGCAGGAAGAUCAGUCGGUGGAAGAAACCGGAGGUGCCACCUAUUUUCCAAAUGCCAGACUAUCAUCCACCUCUCUCGCUCGCCUUUCGUACACCUGCGCGAUCCAGCGAUCAGUCAAGCUCGGGGUGGCAAGACAUCGACUCGGCAUUGCUGGACUGAUUGGGCUGUUGCUGCUGAGCUGGUAUGUUCGGAGCAGCUACCGAUCGUACCGCGCCGUGUCGGCACAGGUUCCAGCCCUGGUAAAUCAGGUCCUGGACCGCCUUGCGGCCCAGAAGGAAAUGGCGUUCGAAGACGGCAAUGACGACGCCUUCCUCUUCCUCCCCAAUUUGCGCGAUGACGUGCUCCGGUCGAUGCACAGCCUGGCCGAGCGGGACCGCAUCUGGCAACGCGUGCGUGCCGUUGUCGAGCAAAACAGCAAUGUCCGCACGGGCCAGCGAGAGGGUCACAACGGCGAAGUCGGCCGCGCCUGGGAAUGGAUAGGACCUAGCAGGCUCGUUGCCGGCGGCGAAGGAGCAUCCGGAUCGCGAAGGCGUAAGAGCGCGCGUGUAUCAUGGGGCCCAGACGUGAAAGGCGAGAUUGAAGACUCGGGGCUGUCGUCGUCUAAGCUUCUCUUCGAGGGAGCCGACAAGAAGCCCGAAACUCUCCGGAAAUGGGAGGAGAGUAGGCCGAUCUACUAGCCUUUUCCCUUUGGAUCUGGGGUUGGAGGAAAGGCCGUUGACAUUGGGGUUUGACGCCCAUCACUUUCCACGGACUGUGUCUCUAUUGU